AUGUCAGCUCCGUCUCCAAAUCCCGUCGUGGCGCCUUAUCAUGUCCACGCACUGCUCAAUCGUCUUCACGAGGAAUCCCUUACCCAAGAAGCAGCGCUUCCGUCCACGUAUUUGAGCAACCCCGAUGGCUUUGAUGACUUGAUGAGGGACAAAUUCAUUGCUCUAGAUCAGGACAAGUGUCAAUUUGUCUAUCAGCUGGCCAGAGCAAUAGGAGCUCGCAACAUUGCCGAGAUCGGGACCAGCUUCGGGGUGAGCACCAUCUACCUUGCAUUGGCAGUGGGAAGCAAUGUCGAGCGCUUGGGGGGCGAGGGUAAAAUUAUUGCCACGGAAAAAGAGCAUACAAAAGCAGAGAAGGCUCGUCAACACUGGAGGGAAGCCGGUGACGAUCUAGUGACGCGUCAUAUCGAUUUGAGAGAAGGAGAUCUUCUCGAGACGCUAAAGAAUAACAUUCCACAGCUUGAUCUGGUCCUUAUUGACAUCUGGGCUCCUGUCGCUCUACCCGCGUUGAAGCUGCUGGAGCCGAAGCUCAGGUCUGGAGCUGUUGUCAUCAUCGACAAUUCAAUUAGUUCUGCCACUAGAUACAAGGAGCUAUUAGGCCACCUGAGGUCUCCGACAAACGGAUAUACAAAUCUGACGCUCCCGUACUCCAACGGUUUGGAGUUGUGCGUCAAGAUCUAA